AUUAGCAUGAAUAAUUCAAAAAUGUAGCCUAUCUUGUUAGGUACAGUGAAUGUUCAUAAGUGUUUUAGUCCGGGGUAUUCUGUCGUGUUAGAAAAGUGCGUAAUAUAAACCUGGAACUAAUCUAGCGGCCAUAUUUGUAGACGGUCGUUGGUGUUCUUUCUGUAUAUCGUAUUUCUUUAGUAAAUAACUUUAUUUUUUCUUAAUUGUUCCCAAAUCUUAUUAAAUUUAUUCAUUCAAUAAAUUUCCAUCCAAAAUGCUCCCUUAAAUAUUUCGUCUUGUGUGUUUGUGCUACUAAUUCAACCAAUUUCCGUACACUCAUUUACAAUUUGAUUUUAGUUUGAAUUGCUAAAUAAAAAUAACAAUUGAAGAUACUGUGAGGUGUAACAAUGUCUAACGUUGGCUAUGACCUCGAUACUUCAGGCGGGCUUAUGCCGCUCAUUCGUGCCCUGAUAAAGCCUCCUGACGAGGACGUGAGCACACAGAAGCCGAAGAAGCCGCAACAUCCGUAUUAUAAGAGGCCUGGUAAAGGUCACAAUCAUGAUUCUUGCGACGCGUGUGGGGAAGGCGGCGACCUCAUAUGUUGUGACCGUUGCCCCGCUAGUUUCCACCUCGGAUGCUAUGAUCCACCGUUGGAUGAGAAUGAUAUUCCAGCGGGUUUGUGGCUGUGCAAAGAGUGCCGGGCUGCUGAUGAGAACAAGCCCGCGAGCUCCCGCAGCAGCAGAGCUCAGUCACCCGUUGACAACAAGUCUGAUACGGAGAAGAAAUCUGGCUUGCGGAAUCGCUCCAACUCUAAGAAGGCUAAGGACGAUGAGAUAGAAAUAAAGCAGGAAGUGGAGAAAGAACUGUCUCCGAUGGAGAUCCUAGUGAAGGCUGCAAAGAUAAUGAACCCGAAGCAGUUCGAACUACCCCGGGAGAUGAGGAUACCAUGUAUAUUCCCAGGAACUGACAAAGACCCAGGUAAGAAUGGCAACAGUUCGCUGGUGACGGUGGACGCGUGGGGCUGCGUCCCGCUGCCGGCCAAGGCGUGCUUCGUGUGCCAGGCCACCUGCAAGCACGCGCCGCUACUGCAGUGUGACUACUGUCCCUUGCUGUUUCAUCAGGAUUGCUUGGACCCACCACUGACCGCACUGCCGACCGGACGCUGGAUGUGUCCCAAUCAUGUAGAACAAUAUAUUGAUUGGAAGCUCGUGAACUCAAUAUCAGCGACGGAGCGCGUCGCGCUGUGGGAGAAGUUCUCCGGACCAGUGGACCAGCAGGCUGUGAAGGUGGACUUCAUUCGAAGGGCCAGGAAGGUCCGCCCUGCGUUCCGUAUGAAGGUCCCAGUGUCCCUGCGCGGCCGCGUGGUGGUCCCGGCGAUGGUCCGGCACCACUACUGCCACCCGCCGCCGCUGCUGCCCAGCCGCAGGGAUCAGGCAUUUGAUGACAGUGAAAGUUUAAAUUUACCCAUAUUAAAGCUUCCGACACUUCCAACAGUGCUAAAAAACCUGAAGAACAGCGGUAACUACGAGGCGAGCGAGGAGGAGGAGGACGAGGGUCCGAAGCACAAGAUCUGCCUGAACACUUCGUGUCCCCAGUACAGCGGGGGGCGCUGCGGCUGCGAGGGCGAAGCCCCGCGUGCCCCGCCGCACGACCCGCACCGCGCCCCGCGCGCCCAGCUCCACGCCGCCACGCCCCAGGACGCCGCCGACGACCUGCAUGCUAUCAGUGCUGAGCCUGUGUCUAAGCAGCCAGAAGUACGAUCAGACUCAGACAGUGAACUAUCUGACUCGGACUUCGAGUAUCUGACAGCAUCAGUGAAGCGUCGCAAGGUGUCCCAGUCCGAGGACAAGUCUCCCUCCAAGCGAGGCAGGACUGACAGGCUGGAGCUCAGGCCGGAGGAAGAUGUCGAGGAGUUACUCAAUGUCGUUGAUAACCAGCUCAAGAAGUUGGAUGAACGACUUGUCAAACUGCUGGCCUGGCAGAGAUUACAACAGGUGCUGGCGGGCGAGCAGUUGUCGGGGUCGUGGCGCGGGCUGGGCGCGGCGCGGCGGCUGGCGCGCGCGGUGGGCGGCGCGGUGGAGCGCGCGCGCCUGGCGCGCCUGGGCGUGCUGCGCGCGGCGCGCCCGUCCGAGCUGCUGUCCAGCGCCGACCGCGCGCGCAUCGCCCGCGCCGUCUGGGGCGAGCCGCCCGCGCCCGCGCGCCCGCCCUCGCCGCCCUCGUCGCCCGGACACUCGCUCAGUGCCGCCGCGGUACGAGCCACGCUGUGCGCUAUUACACGUCCUGACAGGAACGGCGUUGGAGAUGGACUAGGUCGCCCUAUACCGAUGCGUCUGUCAUCCCUGAGUAUUGGGUCAGACAGUGGCUGCGACGUCCGCCUCGACCCCAGCGCCUGCCGACAUGUGUCAAGAAAUCACGCUGUCAUAUUUAUGGAUGAGGUGAGUCGUCACUUUGAGUUGAUCAACUACUCGGAGUGGGGCUCCUGUGUGAACGGAGUGCUGUAUACCUGCGACGUGUUGAGGGCUGGGGCUGCCGGGGCGGAGCCCGAGCCUAGCCAGGAGGGGCGGCCAGCGCAGCCCGACCUGCAGGACUCCGAACUCAGGGCCGACGCUUUGCGACACAUCGUCAGGCAUCGACUUGCUGAACCACUCCGAAUAAACGGCAACCUAACAGUUCCUCUCCCGGGCGAGACCUCGUGUCGCUGCGGGUCCGUCCCCAGUAGCGAGGGCGCGUGGGAGGGCUCGGCGCUGGUCCCUCACGGCGCACUGCUGCAGUUUGGCUGCCAAACCUUCGUGUUCAGCAUCACUGAUGCACUCUCACUGCCUGAAGACUCCUCCGAAGAUCCUCUAUAGCCCGGAGACAUUCUAACUUUAUCUAUGUAAGCAAUUAAGCAUGAUUUUGUCAACUUUAGACCUUAUUUUCUACUACCGUAAUACUCGUUUUGCAUGUUAAAGAUAUAGAAUAAUGUGGUGUAUGGUUGAAAUAAAUAAUGUAAUCUCGUGUGUCAAUUAUUUGUUAGUUUUGUGAAGUAAUCACAUUUGUUGAAUAUUGCGAAAAUGUUUAAUGUUUUAUCAGUUCUUUCUUACCCAAGAAGGAGUGAUUAUGUUGACGAUUAUAAGUGCAGAAAUAUAUGGUUAUUUCGACGCUUUAGUAAGCUUAGUUAGUGUCUAUACAUAAUGUGUUCAUAAUACUGUAAAAAAUGAUGCAAAUGAUUGUUAGAAAAAUAGAUUCAUUCUUCUAUUGAAGUUAUUACUUACAAAUUAUAGUAACAUAAGACAAGUAUCUAAUAUUGCUAUGUUAUUCUGUAUAACUAUAUUUCACGUUUAUCUCAUUCUGUAAUAUUCUUUCUUCAGUCAUGUUGGUACACUAUAAAGCUGGACUUUAGCAACUAUUUCUUCAUGAGAGGUAAUCCUAAUAUAUUAUGUACCGAUCUAGAUUUCAAUAUACUGAAGACUGUAUUGACUGUAUUUACUAUUACUUCGUAAAAGUAAAUAGUAAAAUGAACGAUGUGCGUCCGAAAAAUACAUAACCCCAUUGAAUUUUGACCUGUAAAUUGCGUGAGUAGAAAUUAUGUAAGUCAUAAUUACUAAUUAGAGAUGAGCGGUUUGGUAAAAACGGAUAAUAAGAAAGCUUAUUUUUUUUAAGAUAAAAGCUAUCCAAAAAAUCGUCGCAUCUUCAGUCAUAACUACUGAAAUGACUUAAAUCUUUGAAUGUACGAAUGAGUGAAUGAAUAGAUGAAUGGUGUUAUAAAGAAAAUUGUGAUUCUCAUCAUUUGUACGAAUUGUAUUCUUGGAAUAGGAUUAUCCCUAAAAUUAUGACUAAUUUAAUAGGUGUAUUAUACAAUACAUAUUAUGGCUCCUUCAUAAUGUUAGGGACGUAAUCGGUAGUAGAUUAUAACGUCUAUACUAUCAGUUCAUUAGUAAUAAUGUAAUAUCAAUGCAUUAUAUUAUUAUAAGCAUUAUGUUUAAGCCUUUAGUCUAAUUAUACUGUGGUUAUGAAUGCAAUGUUAAAUAUUACUCGACAAUAUCUUAGUUUACUGUGUUGGAUAUUGUAAUGUAUGCUAGAAGCCAGUUUUGGUAACAUAUCUGUUGGUAUAUUUGGUAUUGGAGAUACAAUAUAUUGCUAGUGUAGACAUCUCAAUUUUUGGAUCAGUUUAAGAAACUGAGUAGACAGAAAUUCCAUAGAAUUUUCAUACAUACAUGUUUUUUUUUUCUUUGGCAAACACGUAGGUAGACAUAAUAGAAUACUAAAUGCUACGUUUCUGACAUACCUCUUUUGCUUCUUUUACAUUCAUCAAUCUUUGUAUGAAUGUUGGUUUGACCAAUAGAAAUAACGUUCAACAUCUUUCCUAAUUAAAGAAUUUAUGAUCGUAAUCAAUAUUAUUAAUUUCGAAAUAUCAAAAUGAUAUCUCCAAUAACUAAAUCUACUAAGAGAUCCGUUAUUAAUAUUGGCCAUAAUUAAGUUGUAAUUAUACACUAGUUACAAGUUGUAUUGACUAAUUGAUAUUUGUGUUUUAUUCUGAUUGCCCACAUUUGUAAUCUGGGUGUUAUUUCCAGAGGCCUUAUCGAGACGCGUACGCGUUCAGGGCUCUGAUUGGCCGGCUCUAAUGAACCAACCAAUCAGAGCGCCGGACACAGUCUCCUUUCGAUUACUUUAAACGUGAAAUAUACUCGUACUAUGCCAUCAGAUACUAUUUCUUUAAUAAUCCUACAGUACGUUGUUUUGUGGCAGUCCUUUCUUGGUUUUUGCAAUUUAGAAUCUUAUGUUGUAAGAUAAAUGGUACAAAAUGUAACAACGAAUAUGCUAAUAAAGAAUAAUAUCAAUGUUAUUAUUGUAGUUUCAAUAAACAAUACGUAGGUAUCUACUGCUUUACAGAAUCCUAGAACUGUGCGAUUUACUGCCGUAUUC